AUGUUAAAAUGUCCUACUUUUAUAUGCUUUUCUUUCUGGCUCUUUGGAGCCUUAGUGAACAGCUUCAAUCGAAGUCAUGCCGAUCCUAUUGAUGGCUUCUGCCUUGUGCCACUAACAGAAUCGAACUUUAAAUUGCAGAAACCAUACGAUACGCCACUCGAGCAACGCUACAUGUAUAAAAUUGGAGUGCACAAAUUAUGGGUUUAUGCCGAUGACAAGCCACAUGAUCCUUACAGUCACACUCAACCGCGCACUGAAAUUCGCGUAGAAGGCCUUGACUAUUCAAGCGGAGUUUGGCAAUUUGAAGGUUAUAGUUUUGUACCAAACGGAACCUCUGGCGCUACAAUAGCUCAGAUUCAUGGCGCUGCUCAUGGCGCCACCACUUUCAUGCUAGCGGUCUAUGACGGAGACAUGAGGUACUACGACCGAGAUUUGGUGGCUGCCGGUAUGUAUGACAAGUGGUUUCGACUCAAUGUAAUCCACGACGUGGAUGGCGGGACAGUGACUGUUUACAUUGACGGUGUUCAGAGAUACUCAACAAAGGAUAGAGGACCAGGAAGUGGCAUGUAUUUUAAAUGUGGAGUUUAUGCGGCACGAGCUAACAUAAGCUACUACAUGGAAUCCAUGUGGAGAGACAUCAAGAUAUAUAAGAAAUAA